AUGGAUAAAGAGCCGCUGAGGAUCGAUGAGGAGAUUCUGAGGAGGGCCAUAAUGGAUCAAGCCCCCCCUGAAGAUCAGACGAGCCACAGGCAUUUUUUAAGGACAGAGGGUAUCCACUUUGAUAAAGUCCCAGAACUGCGUCUUAACUACAGAAACAUCCUGAUGAUUGACCACUUAUGGGAUUUCACAUCCUUGGCCAAACUGGAGUUGAACAGCAACAUCAUAGAGAAGAUUGGGGGCCUGGACCUUCUCAUAAAUCUGACAUGGCUUGAUCUGUCCUUCAACAAAAUAAAGAAAAUUGAAGGUUUGGAGUCUCUGCGGAAGCUUGAAAUGCUGAAUUUAUCCAACAACAAAAUCUCUGUCAUCGAAAACAUGGACACACAUGAGAAGCUCACUCACUUCCUCAUUUCAAACAACCACAUUGGACAGCAGGACAACGUGCUCUAUCUCAGGAAGUUUAAGAACUUGUUCGCUAUCAACCUUUUCGGAAAUCGUCUCCAGGAAGACGAUUACAAUUUUUUUAUCGCAGCCUACUUUCCAAACUUGAAGUUUCUAGACCGCAGACUACUUGACGAGAAGACAAAAAAUGAAGCAUCUAUGAAAUACCGCCGGGUCCUGGAGAAGAUGAAACAUGAGGAAGCGCAGGAGCAGCAAGCUGCCGAGGCUGAGCAAAGACAGGAAGCUGAAUUCAAAUUACACACAGAUGCUUUUGUGGAGUUCCUGAAUGGCUCCUACCUGUUUAAAAGCAUGUUCAAAGAUGACCCAGAGGCAGAGACUCUACACAGAGUGCCUGAAGUGGCUUAUCUGCUUCAAACAUUUGAGCAGCAGAUGGCGGAGCUUUGUAUGCAGUUGUUUGAAAUAGGUUUGGCUGAGCACAAGCGAAGAGAGACGGAGGUGAACUCAUUCUUCAGUGGUCAGACGAAGGCUGUAACAGACUACCAGCUGAUUGCAUUGAAAAUAUUGGCAAGUUUUGAGCAGCAACACAAAGAGAGGAUAUUGGAGCUGCAGCAGUUAUCAGACGCAGAGCUGCUGAAGGUUAAGAUCGACCACUGCUAUGAAGAAAACAACCAGCUCUGUAACAGCCUGAUGGAGCUGGAGUUUCAGAUGGUCAGCCAGCUGGAGGAUAUCAUCAAAAAGUUGGACACCAGCAUCUCAGACAUGGUUGGCAGCUUCAGUGAAACUGCUCAAGGGAUAUUUGUACAAUGUCGAGAUCUGGAGGAUAAUUAUCAUGAGAAGAUACGAAAUAUUGCUGUAGCAACUCUGGAGAAUGUGGCCAAUGACGAGCUGGAUGAGGACCUUCCAGAUGAUGUUAAAAUGCCUUUCACACCUGUGUUUUCUCUGUGUAGCUGUUUACGGGACAAAGACACAGUGAUGGAUGCGCUGUCCACUUGCCACGAUAACCACCUGCUGAAGAUCAAUGACCGAGAGACUCAAUUGGUUACACGUGCCAAUGCCUGGAAAGUGGCCCUCAUUAAAGGGAUUCAAGAUGAAGGGCUGAAGAGGAACCGCAUGCGCAUCUCAGACAUCCACAGAUAUAUGGACUAUUUGAGGGAGCAGCUGGAGGAGUUGCUGUAGUUUCAUCUGUUAAAU